AAGGAACGUCUACUGAAGGGGGGUCUGGUGGACCAACUGUUAGACGGCAGUCAGAGUUUAAUUCAGAGACCAUCUUGAGUGAGGAUGAAUGCAAGAAAGCAAUUGCAUUCAUGAGCCAUUCUUCUGAUGAGGACGCCAUCAAGAAGAAAAUGAAAUUGACAUUCGACUAUCGCCGCAACAUGGUUCUUGACCCCAUGCAGUCAAGUGAUAUAUUGACGGUCUUUCCACGAUUCAAAGACAUUAAAGGCUUGAUUGAGCAAGACUUUGUUCUGAUGUUUGGAGAAGGAGUGUCAGGAAAGCUACUGGAGAACUGGACCACUGCAUUCAAGAAAAAAGUGAUUCAGCAGUGCAAAAAGCUUCCCAGCACCAGUGAUUUGGAAGAACUUCUACUAGCAGCUGAAUCUCCUACUGGUGACUCAGAAGAGGGUGCUAAUUUUGUUUGGGACAGUGAACUCGCUUCAAUUAUACUUCUGUUGCAUCUGAUCCCACCUUCUGCCCAAGGCCGGAAAAGACCAGGAAAGGUAUCUGCCUCUCAAGCAGAGAAACACCUUGUUGUCUUUAAGAAGAGUGGAACAAACAUUGAGGAGCAUCUUCGAGAAAUUGCAGCUAUUGCUCAGCCCUACCUCCUGGCCGUGGGACCUCAGAAGAGUUCAAUUCACCAGUACUUCAUCAUUCUUGAUCAGCAUGCCAUUCCAUGCAAGUCAGCCUCUUCUCUUGGUGCUUUUGACGAGCUGUUUAAGGCACACUUUGUUUUUGGCACCUCUUACAACAUUAUGCUACACAACAUGUACACUUUCAUUCAGACCACUGUGUACAACAUAGAUGUUGGCAAAGUGAAAGAGAGUCCUCGUGUUGCUGCGGUUAGAGCAAGGUUGCUUAGUUAGGCCUAAAGUUUUUCUGCCCUCAUGAAGUGUUUUGUUUGUCAGGCUGAGUUAUCUGGUUCAAAAAUACUUCUCAGGCAUCUAAGAUUAGUUCAUGGUUUUGUUCCUGGAAAGAAUCUUCGCCUUAAAUGUGUAGAGACAGGAUGUAGUUCUGUGUUUGGUACUUUUUCAGGUUUUAGGAAACAUUUGCAUAUAAAACAUACUGAGCAAAGUGACCAGAAUUCUGAUACCAUUGACAACAGUGAGACUGCUGAGGCAGAAGGACAAAUUAGUUCUCAAACAUUUGAUCAGAUUGGCAGUGUUGGAGAGGUAGCCACAACAUCUGUAUUGUUAAUGUCAAAUAAGAGCACUUUGGAUAUGUGUGCUUCGGCUGUUGCGCAACUAAAAGUUGCUGGGUUAAGUCAGUCUGCUGUAAGUGGUUUUGUUUCAUCUAUGGAGGAAAUUGUUUUUGAGAUUCACAGUCAGGCCAAGGAUGCAGCUUUGCUCUGUCUGCCUCCACAUGACAUUGCUACUAAAAGGAAAAUAGAAAAUUCAAUUGAACAUUUGGAAAAUCCAUUCACUUUCUUGAAUUCGGAAGCCAAACGAAAGAGACUCUUUACAGAGAAAUGGGGAACUGUUGAACCAACUGAAAUAGUGCUUGGCACAAGAUUUGACAGCAGAAGAAACAAAACCACAGGAACAUUUGAUCAAGUUGUUGUAACAGAUAAAUUUGCUUAUAUUCCCAUUUUAGAAACCCUAAAGGCCAUUUUACAAAAUCGGCAUCUUACUGAUUUGUUUAAACCCAGGCAUGUUCCAAAGGAAGGCGUUUAUUUUGACUUGAGUGAUGCAGCACAUUUCAAAAGUAAUCCUUUAUUUUACACAGACAAAGAUGCCUUACAAAUUCAGUUAUUUUAUGAUGAUUUUGAGACCGCUAACCCUUUGGGUUCCAAAAAAGGUAUACACAAAUUGGGUGCUAUUUAUUUUACAUUAAGGAAUUUCCCCCCCAUUUUUAACUCAUCAUUAGAUAAUAUUCAUUUAUGUGCCCUCUUUCAUGCACAGGAUAUAAGACGGUAUGGUUUUAAUUCUAUAAUCGAGCCUUUAGUAAAUGAUCUAAAAGUGCUUGAGAUUGAGGGAGUUAAGAAUCCAGUAUGUGGAAGUUGUAUUAGGGGUACAAUUGUUCAAGUCACAGGGGAUAACCUUGGCUUACACAGCUUAUUAGGGUUUCUGGAGUCAUUUGGGGCUCAAUAUUGCUGUCGUUUCUGUGUUCUUGAAAAAGAUCGCUUUCAGUUUGUGUUUUCCGAAGAUAACCCUGAGGUUGUACUAAGAACAACUGAGAUGCAUGCUCUGCACUGUAAAAGAUUACAGGACGACUCUACACUCCCUCAUGUUUAUGGCGUCAAACGGGUCUGUUUGUUAAAUUCACUGAAGUAUUUCAACACAGCCAACAAUUUUGCUGUGGAUAUAAUGCACGACAUUCUCGAAGGUGUCGCUCAGCUAGAGGUAAAACUUGUUUUGCAGUACAUUCAGCAUAAUUUUCUGAGUGCUGAUGAUCUUGCUGGUAGAAUACAUGCUUUUGAUUAUGGUUACAAUCAGCAGAAGAACCGUCCUCCGUCAGUCAAAUUGUUUGGUGGAAGCAAUGAUUUGGGUUUAAAUGCCAUACAAUCUUGGUGCUUGUUGCGCAACAUGCCACUGUUAUUUGGUGAUUUAGUGCAGAGAGAUGAUAAACACUGGGGUCUUUUGCUUUUACUUCUGCAGAUUGUUAACAUUGUAUUCUCACCAGUCCUAACAGAAGGCAUGACCAUUUAUCUUAAACAUUUAAUAAUUGAACAUCACCAGUUAUUCAAAAAAUUAUUUCCCGAAAAAAAUCUUUUACCAAAGCAUCACAUAAUGAUACAUUACCCACAGUGUAUAAGAAAAAUUGGACCAAUUCUGCACAUGUGGUGCAUGCGUUAUGAAGCUAAACACAAAUUUUUUAAAACUCAAUUAAAAAGCUUCAAAAACAUCACCAAAACAUUGGCCAACAAGCACCAGAGUUGUAUGGCAAUGCACUGGGAGUCUUUUAGCCAGUACAGAUUGACUCUUGGUCCAGGGAAGAUGGUGGAACUCGAUGAACUUAAAGGUGGCAUGGAGAUGGCUUCCAAGCUAGGAGUGGAUAUAUCAGAACGUGUCUAUUCUGUAAAAUGGAUCAAACAUCAUGGCACAGAGUAUCGCCCUGAUUUUAUUAUCUGUACUGAAGUAGCAUGUGAGAUGCCAGUGUUUUAUAAGAUCAAGACUAUUGCUGUGAAAGAUGAAAAUGUACUUUUAUGUGGAACAUUGAUGGAAACACUCUGUUUUGAUGACCAUUACCAUGCAUUUACAGUCAGAAUGCAUCCAGACAGAAUUCUAAAGUCAGUGAAUGUUAACGAGCUGUGUUAUUUCAAACCAUUUGAUCUCCAAAUGAAGUAUGGUACAACAGAUUCUGCGCUGCAUAUAGUGCCCUAUUGCCAUUUUAUGCAGUUGUGAUGUUUUUUUGUGAAUGUAUUUUAAACCUGACCAUGUUUUAAUAAAUGUUUUAAAUGGUA